AUGGCUGAGUCUAAUGGACUUUCUACUCCAAUUGGAUGUGAAGAAAAUAAUGUCAAAGAGAAGAUCACAGUCAAAGUUCCAUAUCAAGAUGCAGUGAGUUGUCUGAUGUAUUUGACUACAGUCUCAAAUCCUAAUAUUGCUUUCACAGUGAACAAAACAGCUAGAAUGAUGGAAGAUCCUAUAGUUCAAGACUGGAAUCAAGUAAAACGAAUCUUUAGGUGCAUGAAGAAUACAGUGGACUAUGGAAUUAAGUGCAACAACAAAGAGAGGUUCAAAGUCUACAGUAAUGAUGAUUAUGCUGGUGACCAGGACAUGAGACAUUCAAUGAUAGGUGUUGUCACAACUAUCAGUCAUGAGGCUGUAUCAUGGACCAGUCAACUACAAAAGUCAGUGGCAACACCUACUAUAGAAACAGAAAUGAUUUCAGCCAGUGAAGGAAUAAAGAAGCUAAUCUGGUUAAAAAGGUUGUUGCGUCAUGAAUUGACUGGAACUUCCAAACAAGUGAAACAUUCUUCACUGUAUGUUGACAAAAGCACAUAG